AUGAUCACAGAUGCACAGCUAGCGAUCUUUGCCAACAUGCUGGGGGUAUCCCUUUUCCUCCUUGUUGUCCUAUACCAUUAUGUUGCUGUUAACAAUCCCAAGAAGCUGGAGUAAUGGA